CAAAGCAAAAAGUUUUUAAAAAUAGUAUUUUUUAUACAAAUAAAAAUGAAAGUUUAAAUUCCCAAGAAAAAUUUGUUCCUAUCACUGAUAUAAUUUCUGAGUCAACUAGAUCAAAUAAAGACAUUAAUUCUGCUAUACUUCUUAAAAAUGUAAACACAAGUAUAGAGAAAGUAGACAGAGCAGUUGAAAUUGAAUUGAUGUCAGAUUCAGAUUCUUCUGAUGAUCUUUUAGAAGUACCAACCAAUGAAUCAAGGACCCCUACUAAAACCUCAGGUUCCUCAUUUGAAAUUACAAUUCAACCUAGUGAAUUACUUCAGGAUGAUUUAUUUAGCGAUAUUUUCUCAAAGUCCCUUGUAAGUGGUGCUAAAACAUCAACAAAAACAUAUACUCAAAAUGCAAUCAUAAGAAACACAUUGUCUCGAAUUCCUGAAGAAACUAAUGAUAUUGAAAACAGAAAACUGAACAAAGAGAUAGCAAAUUAUCUAAAUGAAACUAUUUCUAAAAAAACAGAAUCUAUAGCGUUUUCAAAAAAGACUGAAAAGAAACCAGAAGAAGAAUUAACCAAAGAAACUGUUAUGACUACGAAAUCUAACGUUAAUAUUUCAGAAUCUAAUAAUAAAUCGAUAGGUCUUACAACACAGGAAAACAAAGAGAAAGUUGUAAAGGAAUUACUUCAAACACUAAAAGAUUCUAAUACGGUUUAUACAAAUGAAAACAAUACCCCAGAAAAAGCUGUAGACUUUUUAAAUACAAACCAAUUAAAAGAGAUACAAAGAAAUUUGGUAGAGGAACAGAAUCACCUAAUAUCAGAAAAAUCAAAUAAAGAAAGGCUGGCCACAAAUAUAACAGAUCAAAUGUACCAGGAGGCACAGGAAUUGCUCCAACUUUUUGGAGUUCCCUACAUAAUUGCACCCAUGGAAGCAGAAGCUCAAUGUGCCUUUUUAGAUUUAAUCAAUUUAACUGAUGGUACAAUAACUGAUGACAGUGAUAUUUGGUUAUUUGGGGGCAAAACUGUUUACAAAAACUUUUUCAAUCAAAAUAAGUAUGUUCUUGAAUUUAAAUCUGAAGAUAUAGAACAUCACUUUAAACUUACAAGGGAGCAGAUGAUACUUCUUGCAUUAUUGGUGGGAAGCGAUUAUACUGUAGGCAUACAAGGCAUUGGACCAGUAACUGCCUUAGAAGUUCUUGCAGCAUUUCCUCCCUCAAAAGUAACAGAAUUCUCAUUGUCUCAUCAACAAUUACUUUCUGGUCUCUUAGAAUUUCGAUCUUGGUUAACAGGAGGAAAAUCAAUACCAGGAAAAACAAGUUUACGGAAUAAAUUAAAAAACGUUGUCUUCACCGAAAAUUUUCCGAGUUACCAAGUUGUUCAAGCCUAUCUUGACCCUAAAGUGGAUACAAGCAAAGAACCAUUUUCCUGGGCAAAACCUGAUAUUGUUGCUCUUACAGAUUUUGCUAGAGAUAAAUUCGGUUGGACCCGAUUUAAAAGCGAAGAAAUAUUAAAACCAGUAUUAAAAAGACUAGAAGAAAAGCAUAUCCAAAAAUCGAUUAGAAACUAUUUUAAAACAAAAUAUAAACUUCAUUCUACUGAAACUGAAGCUAAAAUGAGCAAAAGAGUUCAAAAAGCAAUACAGAAAAUAGGUACUGAACCCAUUGAUUCUUUAGAUGAAGAUCAAACAAGUGAAAAAAGAGCCAAAAAGAAGAAAAAUGCUACUGGAAUUGAACAGGAGAAGUUACAAAAAACAAAAAAAACUAAGUUCAACAAAACCAUUGCAACAGACGCAAAUACUUCAAAACAAGAUACAGAUUUUGUUGAAAACCCUGGAAGAGUAAAAGCAGAAGCAUCAAAUAAAAUCUCUAAUAGUUUAUCUGUACUAAAAGGAAAAAAAUUGAAAUCCCAAAAGACUAAAAAAGAUUCGCAAGUUAAAAUAACCAGAAAAACAAAAGAAUUGCAAAAAAUUGAAAAAAAUGAUGACACAAACAAUAAUAAAUUAUCAGAAAAUAGUGAAAGUAUAGAAGAAGAAAGAGAAAAUAUAGAUAAACAAAAACAAAGCAAUAGUAAAAAAGCUAUUAAAAAACAAGUUUCCGAAUCGACUUGGUCAUUAUCUGCCCCAGUAACAGAAGAAAUUAAUAAAGUUCAACAAUCUAAUAACAAUCCCAAAGGCUCUGGAAUAGAUGAUGUCGACGUAGUAUCUGUGUCUAGAGAAUUAAAUGAAACUGACUCAAAUAAAAUUGGUUCUCCAGCAGAUUUCAAUCAACCGUCUACCUCUACAGCAAUCAUUCCAAAAAGGCCGAAAAACACAUCGAAAAAUAAUAAAAAACAAAAAAUUGACAUUAAUGAAGUUAUAAAUGGUGGUGAUGAAGAGAUGAGGAUUCUUCAAGAUGUUAUUACGCAUUCAAAAAGUAAAGUUGAACAGAUUCGUUUGCAAUUAACAAAUCAAUUAAAAAGAAAUACUCGAAGUACAAAAGAACCGAAAGAAAUAAUUAGAGAUGUAAGUGGACCAAUUUCCCCUCUUGAUCGACUAAAAACGGAAAAUAUACAUAAAAAGGAAGUAAUACCGCAAAAAAUACAGGACAAUUUAACAAUGAUGAGAAGCAAAAUGAAAGCCAUUGAGGUAUUAAAAACCAAAAAAAAUGCAACAAAGAAAAGGCCAAAAAUAAAAAGAAUGACUCAUAUAGGAACACAUUAUUUAUCAGAGAGUAGUAGUGAUGAAGAUAUUAAGAAAGCUUAAGCAAGUUUUGUAAUAAAUUGCAUGUAAUGUUAAUAGAUUCGUAAAUACCUUUUUAUUAUUUUGCAA